GCCGCGGGUUUGGCUGGGGGGGGGCGCCGUCCCCGCCAUGCUGAGGGCGAAGGUGCUGCUGGUGGGGCCCCACGAGUCUGGAAAGUCGGUGUUGGCAAACUUCGUGUCGGAGAGCACGGAAGGGAUCGGCAGCUACAGCCCGACCCAGGGGGUGAGGAUUCUGGAGUAUGAGAAGCCAAACCUCAAUGGGAACAACAAGGGAGCUGGGUGUCGAUUCGAGCUGUGGGAUUGCAGUGGUGAUCAAAAGUUUGAAACUUGCUGGCCAGCUCUGAUGAAGGAUUCUCAUGGUGUAAUAAUAAUCUUCAACCCUGAGCUGCCCAGUCACCUGAAAGAAAUCGAAAUGUGGUACUCGUGCUUUGUGCAGCAGCAGCCACUGCUUGAUAGUCAGUGUCUCCUGGUGGCACAUCACAAGCCAGGCAGUGCAGGGGACACAGAAAACCUGUCCUUAGCUUAUCCACUGAACAAGCUAAAACUGAUACAUUCCAACUUGGAGGAAGAUCCUGAAGAUGUUCGGAUGGAAUUUAUCAAGUACUUCAGAAGCAUUAUCACUAUAAUGAACGAAAGCAGAGAGAGGGAAGAAAUGUCAAUUAUCUCACAAUGUUAAAAAAAUACUGAAUCAUGGAAAAAAGGUAUACUUUUCUCUUUGUAAGCUAUCCUAGCUUGUGAACAGACCUUUCCAAGGAGACUUUGCCAGCCUGUUAACACUUCAGCCUAUAAAAAACUGCUGGCAUCAGGUGAACUGUGGUACUGAGGAGAUGGGUGCAMGUCCAGGAAUUUGAGCAACUUUGUAGCUGCACUUUGGCAUCAGAGGCACAGGAAGGUGGUGUUUUUUAUAUUAGUGUGGACCAAAAUAUAAAGAUUGGGUCACGUCUUUAGAAUUCCUUUGUGCAGGGGUGCUUGGAGAAGAGAGCCUGGCAGAACAUAAGAUUGUGGAGUUCUGCUGAACUGUGUGRGUAAAGUGUGCAUGUUAGGUGGGUUCCUGGAGAAGUUUUGCCUUUGGGAGUCAGUACAAACUGAUUGGAAUAGAAAUCUGAGAAGUAGUCAUGGUGUGGGAUCCACUAUUUUAUGUUCUAAGUUGCCCUUGUCUUUCUCUUGAAGAGAGCACAUUGKGCAGCCAUUGCCUUGGCAGGACUGAGCAGGUUGCAGUCUUUCUCAGGACUACGUUUUUCUCCUAUUCCACCAAAAUAAACAURUUGUGAGGACAGUGUUUAGGUCUCUCUGGGAGGAAGGAAUUGAAAUCUUUCUUUAGUGCAAUAUUUUGACUUAUGUCAGGAGCUCCAAUAAGUUCUGCAUUCUUCAGAGAAGAAAAAGCUGUUUUGAAACUUUUAGUGUUCCCUGUUGCAUUGAAAUAAGUGGUUUCAUAGAUAAUUUAGUUUCUGAUUUGUUUGGUUUGCCCUCAUACUUGUUCUUAGUGUGUUUUGCUGUGGAAGACAUUUUUUUGUAACGUGCAUUACUAAGGCAAUAAAAACGUUUUAAAAAUGCA